AUGAUGAAUCUGCUAAUUAUGCCCAAUGAAUCUGCCAAAUAUGAUAAAUAUAGAGAAUCUGCUAAACGUAAUAAAUAUGAAGAAUCUACUAAAAAUGAUAAAUAUAAAGAAUCUACUAAAUAUGAUAAAUGUGAAGAAUCUACUAAAUAUAAUAAAUGUAUUAAAAUGAAUUUGCAAGUGCCCGAGGCAUCCAUUCGUGGAAAAAAAAAUGAAUUUGCAUAA